CUUUCAAUGGACUGUAAUGACUUUGUUGUUGCUAGGAUGGAGGUAUUUUAGUGUGAUGUACAGAAAGACUGGCCAUUAUUUCAACAGGUUUCAUUUCACACUGGAUCCCUGUUUUGGUGUUGACCAUUACUUUACAAUAAUUGAUGUCCUGUUCAUGGCAGCAAUUGAAUCUCUCUAUCUAUCUUUCUCUGUCUCACACACGCAGGCACGCUCUCUCAUAUAAGUACGCACUCGUUCUCGCGCUCUCUCGCUCUUACUCUCUAUUUCCCCUCUCAAUUACUUUUUGGGGUUUUCCACAGAAGUUAAAGAAAUGCAAUGUCCGAUAAACAACUGAUGGCAAAUAUGAAGCAUUCUGCCAGAUAGACUACAAUGUGCAGAUUGCAGACGCGUACCGCGAGUGCAGUGUACCAGUGGCGCCAUCUACAAGGUGAGCAAAGAAGAAUUCGACACAGCUCCGGACUCUCUCUCGGAGGAAUACGGAGUGAGGAUUACACAGUUUCCUCAACGAAUGCGUUGUACUAUAGACAAUGUCGUGGAGGUAAAUUGACACCGAACCUACCUGAAUUGAGGGGGAAACAGAAGCGCCUCUCUCUCUCCCGGGCAUUGCUGGUGGUUGAUUGAAACACUGCCAGGUGGGCAGAGCCUGAGGCCUGAGUUAACAGAUCGCCUGCUGCUGUGUGCGUGGCACGGAUCGUCAGUGACUCUCUUGGAGGGAGUGUGUGUGUUUGGCCUUUGAAGAGCUCUCAUCCGGCACACAGUGGCCCGGUCCUCCCCCUUCACCCCAUCGUCCUCCCCACCCACCUCUCCACAGCUAGCGACAGACCCCGGACAAUAGUCUCGCCAAGAUUUAUGAGGUCCUUGUGGUGGCCUGGCUCUUUGUCAAUAAGAGGGGUUUUAUUUCACCACUUUUUUCUUCUCUUGUCUUCUUCCUCUGAAAAAGGUGUGGGACCCAACUGUGAAAUGGGAGACGGCUGUUUGACAUGUGAAGCCCGCCUGGAGAAAAUGUCUGCUUUCAGGCCUGGAUAUAAGGAAUUACUCAACAAGAAGGAAACGUCACUGUACGGAAUGUCGUUUUCCCUCUUCCCUUCUCAUUAACAACAACAUGUCGGAUUGUCCUGACCCUGCAAAUGCUUAGUGUCAAAAUAACAAUGCACCUACAGAAUAUGAGGACAAUGUGCAACAUUUCCUUCUGCAAUGUGGACUCAAAGAUCGACCAGUACUUCCAGCCUACGCUGUACAUCAUUGUCAUCGUCCUGGGCCUGCCCACCAACUGCAUGGCUCUGUGGGCGGCUUACUUGCAGGUGAAGCAGAAAAAUGAGCUGGGCAUCUACUUGAUCAACCUCUCCGUGGCUGACCUCCUCUACAUCGGCACCCUGCCCCUAUGGAUCGACUACUUCCUCCAGCACGACGACUGGAUUCACGGCCAGAAUUCCUGCAAGCUGUUCGGAUUCAUUUUCUACACCAACAUCUACGUCAGCAUCGCCUUCCUCUGCUGCAUCUCCAUCGACCGAUACCUGGCCGUGGCCUACCCGCUCAAGUUUGCCAAGGUCCGGAGGGUCAAAACCGCCGUGCUGGUCAGUUCCGUGGUGUGGACCAUCGAGAUAGUGGCCAACUCUGCACCCCUCUUCCACGACGAGCUCUUCCAGGACCGUUUCAACCACACCUUCUGCUUCGAGAAGUACCCCAUGCAAGACUGGGUGGCGGGCAUGAACCUUUACCGGACCUUUCUGGGUUUCCUGGUUCCCUGGCUGCUCAUGCUGGGUGCGUACCGGGGCAUUCUGCGGGCGGUGCGUGGCAAUGUGUCCACGGAGUGCCAUGAGAAGGCCAAGAUCAAGCGCCUGGCGCUGAGCCUAAUCCUGAUCGUAUUGCUGUGCUUCGGGCCAUACCACGUGCUCCUGCUGUGUCGCAGCAUCCUCUUCCUCCAGAAGCCCUGCAACUGUGGCGCAGAGGAGGACCUGUUUGCAGCCUACCAUGUGGCGCUGGCGCUCACCAGCCUGAACUGUGUGGCUGACCCUAUCCUCUACUGUUUUGUUAACGAGGGUGCACGCCAUGACGUCGGUCACGCGCUCACCACCCUGCUGGGGGUCUUCAAGUGGAACUCGCCCUCGCCAGCUGACGCACUGACAGCUGGCUCUGUCACCUUGGAGACACCACUGUCCACCAAGAAGCAGCUGGGCCUGUACAGUGAGGUCAAGGCCAGCACCUACAAGACAGAGCUGGUGGCCCUCAAAGAGGAGUGUCUUCAGAUGACCAUACUCGGUGUUAAGAAAUGAACAGCCAUCCUGAAUCGCAAUGGGCGGACAUGAGAAAACACAAGACUAUGUGGAAGUGGGGGAUGAUUCAGUUUAUGUAGAAUAGAACGUGGGGGAGAUUUUAGAAUUCUCAUGUGAAAUGUUUUAUCAGUUUUGGGGAUGACACCUCAUUAUGUACCUCAAAUGGUAAACUGCGAUUGAAAUGUGUUUGAUACAGAUGAAAAUAAUCAUAUCAAGAUUGACCACGAGUACAUUGUGACGACAGUAAGAAAGACCACACUAAGUUCAGUCGCAUAGAUGUGAUGCAACGUGAAACUAAGGAUGUUUGCCAUCAAACUGUGUCUUUCUCCACCUCGUCAUCUAUUAUAGGUAUGUGUUCUGGGUGGGACAGAGUUAUCUAACAAUGGAUUUGACAUGUUUACAUUUCUCUUUCAAUGAGCCUCCAGAUGCAUUGUAACAGCUCCAAAAAAAUCCUAAAUGUGUUCUGUCACCCGGAGAGUGAAGCACAAUGCUACGUGUUUGUGUUCGACAAUUUCACUGGGAAAUAAAUUAAGUGUAUCAUCGUU